AUGUUUAAUACCGUUUAUGAAGAAUCUCUGUGUGUUAACAAGUCUUUCAAAUCCACAUCAACAUCUUAUAGAUUCAUACAUACAACUAGUUCCAAUUUUUAUAAUGAUUCAUCUUUGGUUCCUAUUUUUUGCAAUCGUACAUCAACAGAUCUUGGUGCUCGUCAACUGGCUUCGGCCACUCAUAAUUUAGACUAUGGUGUUUUUAAACUAAAGGACAGUUCCAAGUUAAAAGAUCCAGUUACUAUUUGUGAUCCACUAUUAUCUUUAAAUCAAGAACCAUCAAAAAAAUUAAGUACACUUUCUUGUUUUCAAAUUCAAAUGCAUCAAACAACUCCAUGUACUAAAUACGAUUUAAAAUUUUUAAAUAGUAAAAACCGUUAUUUGUUUAAUAAUAUUUAUCAUAAACGUAUUAGUUUAGAAGGCCUAAAAAAAGUAGACUUUAUGUAUUAUUCAUCAAAGCGUUAUAAUUUUGCCCCUGUAACCGAAAAAAUAUUUUCAUUUUUGCACGGAAAAGACAUUUUGGCAAUGUCUAUGGUAUCUAAAACCUGGCAUAAUGCAGUAAAAUACUCACCAUCAGCUAAAAAAAAGAAAAAAUCUUAUGUAACAUUCAUGCGAUCAGAAAAAGAAAAUCAUGGACAUGCUGAAAGAAGGCGAUUGUGUUUACCAAGUAGAAGAGUAUUAGGCGAUAUUAGUAAUAUCAUGCGUUUUCCAUUAAAGUAA